GUUGGGUGCUCUACUGGCCAUGAGCUGGACUGGCUAGCGCUGGACCUUGCGAGACGAGACAUCGAUCGGGAAGAUAAGAACUGCGCCAAAUCCACGAAUACGGAACCCCCCUGUGGCGUCCAGGCCUCUGUGGAUAUCCACCCCAUUUAAUAGUUCUGAACCGCCGGCGCAGAACUGCUUCACGAUGUUGCUUCGUGGCCAUGAUAUCGACUGGGAUAAAUGCAGAGCGGACUUUGAAACUGCCCGGCGAGCGAGAGUAAUUGUAUAUGGGUCCAGAGAGUCGUGCCAUCCACCAUUCGAGAAAGAGUUGCACGGCAGUCGUCCAUCGCUCUCAAAGAAAAUAUUCAUGCUGAGGAAGCGUCUCGCUCACUUGACAAGCGGAACCCCAUCGCAAGCCCAGUCCACUGGCGAGAGAUUCCAACCUCUGCUGUCGAUCCCGGAACCCAUGCGCAACUGGUCAGGCGAGGAGGUAUCAGUCCGUAUUCAAGCUUCUUCACUAGCUUUAGCCAUCCAGCAGACAGCGGAUAUAUUAUGGUCAGGCAAUUCCAAGUUCUCUGCAGGAUGGAAGAAGACUCUCUCCUUCCAAUGGGUUGUUGGCGGCUCGGUUAUGGCGCAAUGCUAUCAUUCAGCACCCCUAUGUCUUAAGAUCUGGCGAAAAUCAACCACAGCACCGUGGAAAUGCGAUAAAGAGACGGUGGAAGCAAUUCUAUCUCUUUGCCUCUGGUCAGUCCAUGCGGAUCGCCGAAUGGAGCGGAAGGAAGGUGCCACGAACACAAGAAAGUCAAGCGCCGCCCUGGCUUCAAAACAUUGCCUAAUAUCAUUCAAUGAUGGAAGGGAUGGCGGCCUAUCUCCUAUGGAUGUGGCGCUCUGGAUAGAGACUCCAAGGAGAAUGGCAAUCAAGGGUGGGGUGCUGAAGCCACAACAUAGCAUGCAGGACAGCUGCGCUGUCCAAGGAUAUCCGGUCAUGACGCUGAGUCCUUGGGACCUUUUCCUGAUAGAGGAUUCCGAACGUAGCUCAGAUUUUGUUCCUUUGAGUCCUCAUCAACCAAGCGCGGCUGUGCAUGGAUCGGCACUCGCGAGGAUCUUUGGUUGGAACGCUGCAGAGAGGCUCAGGCAUGACGAUGCGACUGAAGUCAGAUUUGUGACGACUGAGCUUUCACUGGCACAGAUGUACGCGCAAGAAAUCUUUGCAUCUUUUAUUCGAGCGCUCUUCACCGUGGUCGAUAAAAUUGGCGGUACUAGCGAGUUGAAAGUAAACCCCUGGAUCGGGUUGGACAAACUUAAGCUCGAAAAUACUGAGAUCUCAAGGGUCCUUGAAGUAUUCACAGACUGUAACCUCGGUUCCCCACGAGACGCGCUUUUCACAACGUUGCCGGCUAUCGGGUCUUGAAUCUGCGCUCCCCGCAUCUAGCGGUCGAAGUUGCCAGAAGACGCGCAAAGGAUCUCCGACGAGGCCAAGAAUGGGAUAAGGCAAGGUCCUUACUAGUCAAUACCUGGGGCAUGACGAUUUUCCGCGUGGAUGAUCUCAUCGAUCCAGCGACGACUGAUCUUCUGGCCACGA